CACCUCUACAAGACACCCCAACUCACCCUUCAAAAUGUACAAGCUGGUUGUGUUCGCUGCCCUCCUCGCCGUGGCCGCUGCCGCGCCUAGCCCGUUGGGCGAAGACGUACAUCUAGGCGUCGCAUCACCGUACGGGGCCCCCGUGGCGUCAGUCUGGGGCCAUGGGUUCGCUCCGGCCCACAUCAUUAAGACCGCCGUGCCCGUCGCCACAUCCUAUGCCAACACUGUGAGACUCGCCAGCCCAUACGCCGCCGUGGCGCAUGCGCCCGUUCUGGCGUCCCCCUACGCGCACGGCUUUUAAACGCGCCAAACGCCACACGCCACACGCCAGACGCCAAACGCCA